UUAUAAGCCAUAAAUGAUCCCUCGCGUCUGAGCUAGGCUCUUCAGACCUACAAAAAUGAAGUAUUCUCAAAGAGUUUUCUGAACUCUGAAUGAAAAAGCUGAAAUAGAGAGUUUUGACAGUAAGGAGGAGGUACUUUCUGUGAAAGAGGAUCAUCCAGAGAUUAUACAACAAGAGCAAGAAUUUCAUUUCCCAACCGAAGCGGAGAUGGAAAUACUCACAUGAGGAGAUUUGGAAUAUAAGCUUAACAAUCUUGAUAAGCCGUAUGACGAGGUUUCGGUUCGAAGGAAUUUUCAUAAUACCAUGGUUGGUUAUAACCAAAAAGCUCAUACUUUAAGAGGACAACUCAAUGAGAAGCUCUCAAACAGGUAUGAACAAGAAAUGGAAGUCUUGUUCCUAGGCUCUGGAAAUACUGGUAAAUCUAGCCUUAUAAAUGCUAUUCUUCAGUCUAAAGUUGCAAAGACGUCUGGAAAAUUGAGUAAAACACAGGAUUUGAUCAGGCACAAAGUUGGCAAAAAUCCUAACUCAAAGUUUGUUCUAAUCGACUCUCCUGGCUAUGGUUACUCAAGAGCACCUACAAAGGCAAAGAAACAGUUCCGUAAAUAAGAUUUUCCAGCACGUUGCUCGUUCAGAGACCCUUCUGAAGAUCUAUUUGCUUAUAAAUGCAAACAAUAUUAAUUCCUCAAGAAGAGGCUUGAGAAUUAUCGAAGAAGAAAUUUUAGGCCAGCUCGAUCGAUUCGAAAGACCUAUCCAGAUAGUCCUGACAAAGAUAGAUAAAAUCAAUAGGAAAGAGUCACUGAUGAGAGUUUUAGCCCAGACUAGUUUGGAAACAAGAAAGUACAAAUCAGUCCUUCCAGCAAUUCAUUUCACUUCAGUCAAAGAUAAUGUUGGAAUCACAGAUCUGCACACAAACAUUGCUUUGACUUUCCUCAGAGAUGACUUUUACAUGUAAAUUCAAUAUUUUAGGAA